GUGUACUACUGUCGAUCAUUAGCCAUUGCUUUUAUUGAACAAACAGCCUUACAAAGAUACCAUGACUACACUCAUGAUCCCAGCAUACCAGCUACGCUGCAGCCAGUACUUAAGAAUCUCAGCGCUCUGUAUGGACUCUGGUCUUUAAGUAAACAUCUGGCUGUGCUCUACCAAGGUGGUUAUGCUUCAGGUGAACAAGCUGGUAGAUUUAUCCAGAAUGCUAUUCUGGAGCUCUGCUACAGGUUGAAAGACGAUGCAGUUGCCCUGGUUGAUGCCGUUGCUCCUCCUGACUUCAUUCUCAACUCUCCCAUUGGUAAAGCUAGUGGAGAGUUAUAUAAAAAUACGUGGACAGAGAUCCUUCAAGGCAGCAAAGUUAUGAGCAGACCUUCAUGGUGGGCAGAAUUUUGUAUGAACAAACCUGUUAUAGGCAGGCUGAGGUCAAGACUGUAA